AGUCCUGAAUAACAGCCUGUGUAAUUUUGCAUGACAACAUGCAGUAACUGUUUUUUUUAAAUGUACUCAUGGAAAGUGACUGUGGUCUUGUGUUCUUUAUCUCCCUGUGAGCGGCUGUGGCAGCAUCAGCUCAGAUUCUUUAUCCUGAGAUGCUGCUGUGAUGGUUCAGUAAUACAACCCGAGGAAAACAGGAACAUGAACAAGAUGUGGGGCUUUAUAUUGCUCUAUAUCCUGGGGCUAAACAUUUCUCAGGCAACUAGAGAAGCCCCCUCAACACAAAUGUAUUAUGUCAAACUGACAAUCGAUAAAAGUGCCAUCACAAACAACAUGCUGCCGUCUAACCUGAGUGAUUCCACCCGGCAAGUUGACGAACUUCAUCUGACAACAACCUGUAAGGACGUUGUGGGUAAAAGAGAGUGUCGCUGCGAGUCAGGCCACAGAUGGAGUGAUAACGUGUGUCAGUCUAAUUCCAAGUGUUGUGGCCACAACACGUGCACUUUCCCCGUAAAGUCGUCUCACGUGUGUGUUUCAACCAACACAGUUACAAUCAGAGGAUCCAUUCGAAUACAGGGAACACGCUUUCAUGAUUGUCUGACAGACGAACACACAGAGGAAUUUCAGAAUUGUAAUACCGAAUUGUUACACGAGAUGAAAAAAGUCUACAGCACUUUGAGGGGAUUUGACGUUUUAAAAAUUACCAAAUACAGUUUUGGAAGCAUUGUCGCAGAUUUAGAAAUGACAAUCAGUAAAAACAUGAGUCCACAUGACCUGAUCCAGAAAUCAGAAAUCCUAAUCGCAUCUCUGACGGCCUCACUCAAUCUGGAAACUACAGGUGUCGUGGAUUUAACGAUGCCACACAACCCUGUGAAGUACGGCUCCCAGCAACAGCUCGUAUGCACAUCACAGGAGGAUCUGAGCACCAUGCCAGUGUGGUGGCAGAAGAAAGACAACGAAAAAGCAUAUUCCAUAACUAACGGCACAGAGGCAGACAUGACGUCAACAACGCGCACGUCCAGACUCACUCUCAAGAACAUGUCAGCCUUCUGGGAAGGACAGUACGCAUGUGAAUUCCAUCAAAAGAAAGGAUCAUUAUACAUAAAUCACAGUGCCAGUGCCGUAAUGGACGUAGCUCUCCUGCCAAACAUUUUCAUCACCACAGUCCCAGAAUUUCCACGCUGUCGCACCAUGGAGGAUUUACCAGGAGUAAGAGGCAAAUGUUUGAUUAGGGAGGACAAUGAAACUUAUACCGUGACAUGGACAAGUCAAGACAUGCAUGCGAAAAUUAUUCCAUUAAAAGCCGAUUACUCCUCUGGAGAAGCUGUUUAUGCAGCUGAGACAGUGGUCGGCUGCAACUCACCUAACCAAAGACCGAAGCUAACGUGCACAUUUCACAACAGACUCAAUCAGACGAGAGACGCGUCAUUUGAUAUCAAUAUCAUAUAUGUUGGAGAAAGUUUCUGUGAAGCAGAAGGUGACUGGGGAGAAGCCAAAGCUGGGUUCACUGCAGUGUUACAGUGCAAGAACACAGACGGACUAAGACAAAGGAAAUGCAGUGAUAACUCUACAUGGGAACAGGAGGAAGCAGACUGUGUAAACAGCGAUGUGUCAAUGUUGCUGCGCUCUGCACAGAUUGUUGCCUUCGGACGUGGCUCCUUAAAUGAAAAUGCUGCAGAAGUAUUUAACCGCCUUGGUAAUGUCACUAAUAACUCAAUGGCUAUCAACACCGUGUCCAACGUGAAGGCAACGGUGGAUGUACUCGGUGUUUUGAGUCAACAGCAAAGGCUCAGGCUGAAUGGAUCAGGAGUGGAUGGCUUUCUGAAAUCAUCCAGCAACUUGAUGGAGAAGUCUCUUGAGAAAACAUGGACCGAAAAAAAAAAUGAUGGAAAUUUGUCAUUGGCUGAGACAUAUAUAAGUUCUGUUGAGAAAUUAAUUGAGGCGGCAAACAUUACGACUAACAACACACUAAAAAAUAUAGAGGUGGCCACGUGUAAUAAAGAGCAGGGGUCUGGAUGUACCAACACUGCCUUCGGUGUCACUGUCGAUUUUGAUAGUUCAGACAAUGGCAGCGUGGCAACAGCUGGAUUUAAACAACUGGAGAACUAUUUGCCCCACAGAGAUGAGAAGUACGGGGUCAACAGCAUUGUUGUGAUGACAACCACUCAAAAGAAUCACUCGGGUUCAGUCGUGGUUAAAAUUAAAUUCCCGUUGCUCCGUCCAAGGCCUCGCAACGUAGAGAUGAAGUGUGUCUCAUGGGAGUACGCCACCAGACAAUGGUCACCGCAUGGAUGUGAAUGGAUGGGUCCUCAUGAUGAUGGACACUGUGUUUGCAGCCAUUUGUCAUCAUUUGCCAUUUUAAUGGCUAGGGAUCCAAUAGUUCUCCCAGGGAUGGCUGAGAUAACCAUCGUUGGACUGUCUCUAUCAGUCAUGUCUCUAGUUAUUAAUCUUGUAAUAGAACUGAUCGUCUGGAGGGCUGUAGUUAAAACAAAUACUCGAUAUCUACGGCACGUUGCCCAGGUAAACAUUUCUCUAUGUUUGCUAGUCGCAGAUUGCUGCUUUUUAGCAUCUUUCAAGCCACAUAAAAUUCCCGAAAUCUGGUGUAAGGCCUUGGUGAUGUUGAAGCAUUUCUGUUACUUGUCCAUGUUCUUUUGGAUGUUGUGUCUGAGCAGCACGCUUCUUCAUCAAACAGUUUUCCUGUUCCACAAUAUGAGCAAGAAGAUUUACAUUAGGUUCUACAUAAGCCUGGGCUACGCAUGUCCGCUACUUAUCGUUUUGAUCACAUUCCUUACUAACAGCGGUGGUGCUGAGGGCGUGUACUUCUCCAAAGAAACCUGUUGGCUGGUUUAUAGUGGACUUUUUCGUGGGUCCAUCCACACAUUUAUCAUACCAGUCGGUACAAUUAUUAUCGUCAACGUGUUCUCCAUGGUGGUGGUAAUCAUGAAGCUUUUGGAUCACCCUAAGAAUGCAGGAGCACCUGAUGACAGAUCUGCUGCCAAAUCUGUCAUGAGGACCGUUAUUCUUCUGACUCCGAUCUUUGGUGUCACUUGGAUCUUUGGAUUUGGUGUAACUAUUGUCGACCUCUCAUCUGGAAUCGCAGCCUCUUUGGUCAACUAUGUCUUUAUCCUGCUGAACUCAUUUCAGGGUUUGUUUAUUUUGUUAAUCACAUUCCUGGGGGACAAUCUGACCCGUGAAGCACUGCUAAAACAUCUGAAAAAAAGGGCAUCCGUCGGUGACAGCUCCAUGACGUUGGACACAACAUUGAAGAAGUGAAAAUCUUCUCGAAUACGUUUCCUCUCAAAUAACGACAAACUACACGAUUGAGCGUAGUAAGCUACAUUAAUCUUGAUGCAAUUGUUUU